AUGGGCAUGAUCACUUAUGAGACGGAGAUCACUUCCUCAAUCCCUCCUGCCAAGUUAUUCAAAUCCUUCGUCCUUGAUGCCAACAACCUCAUCCCCAAGGUCUUCCUACAAGCCAUUAAGAGUGUUGAAAUCCUUGAAGGGGACGGUGGGCUUGUAACCAUAAAACUUGCCACUUUCAGCGAAGCCAAGAAGGCACAAAGCCACUACAGGCAUGCCAAGCAAAGAAUUGACGGGAUUGACAAGGAGAAUUUCACCUACUGUUAUAGCAUAAUUGAAGGUGAUGGGAUUGACAAGGAGAAUUUCACCUACUGUUAUAGCAUAAUUGAAGGUGAUGCUCUUGGGGAAACUGUAGAAUCAAUCUCUUAUGAGACCAAGAUCCUCCCUUCCCCCGAAGGAGGAUCCAUCUGCAAGAACACAAGCAAGCACCAUACCAAGGGUGAUGCCCAUCUCACCGAAGAGGAGAUCAAGUGUGGGAAAGAGAAGUCCUUGAAAGUGAUGGAGGGCCCGGAACUAUCAAGCUCACCAGUUUUGGCGGAGGUUAGAUUCUAUAUGUUUUCAUCCACAGUUCUGGGGUGUGCAUUGUUCAGUUAA